GCCCGUUAGCUGUGACAAACGUCACACUGCUAGGUGUUUCGAAAAUGAAACUGGCUUGUGUCUGACUUCUACUGGGAGGAGAGCGAAAACGAAAAUCAUAAGGAGUCAUCGUAUAAAAAUCUUCUGGAAUUUCACAUUUAGACUGACUUAGAGGACAGGCGAGCCCCAGGGUUUGGACUUCAUGUACCGAGAGGGGAUAUAUUUUUGCCUCCUGAGCAGGAUGAACCACACUUGGCAGGAAUGGAUGCUGUAGCAGAGGCUGCUUUGUGAGACUGAACUAUCUCUACCACCAUGGCGCACUUUGAGACCGAGUAUCAGCGCCUGGAGGCAUCCUACAGCGACUCGCCUCCUGGCGAGGAGAACCUGCUGAUGCACGUGCCUGAGGGAAGCAAAUCUCAGUGGCACCACAUAGAAAACCUGGACUUGUUUUUUCAAAGAGUCUAUAAUCUGCACCAGAAGAAUGGAUUCACCUGCAUGCUGUUGGGAGAGAUCUUUGAGCUGGUACAGCUGCUGUUUGUGGUUGGUUUCACAGUUUUUCUGGCUAACUGUGUGGAUUAUGAUGUCCUCUUUGCCAACAAGUUUGUAAAUCACACAGAUUCAUCUAAAGUCACCUUACCAGACGCAAUCCUCCCAAUGGAUGUCUGCAGUGCCCAUAUCCGAGACAGCGCGUUUGCGAUCUUUGUUCUGAUCAUCUCCGGGGUGUUCUGGUUGCAUCGUUUGGUCAAAUUCCUCUACAACGUUUGCUGCUACUGGGAGAUCAAAUCUUUCUACAUCAACGCCCUGAAGAUGAGCAUGUCUGAGCUCCCAUACGCAACGUGGCAGGAAGUUCAGGCCAGGAUCAUUGAGAUCCAGAAGGAGCACCAGAUCUGCAUUCAUAAGAAAGAGCUGACGGAGCUCGACAUUUACCACCGAAUCCUCCGCUUCAAAAACUACAUGGUUGCUAUGGUGAAUAAAUCCCUCCUUCCUGUGCGAUUUCGGCUUCCUGUACUGGGAGACAGUGUUUUCUACACCCGGGGUCUCAAAUACAACUUUGAGCUCAUCUUCUUUUGGGGACCAGGCUCCCUAUUUGAGAAUGAGUGGAGUCUGAAGCAAGAGUAUAAGAGAGUAGGCAACAGGCUGGAGCUUGCAGAUAGGCUGGCAUCUCGUAUCCUGUGGAUUGGGAUUGCAAACCUGCUGCUGUGUCCAGUCAUCCUGGUGUGGCAGAUUCUGUAUGCCUUCUUUAGUUACACCGAGAUAAUCAAGCGAGAGCCUGGAUCUCUGGGGGCAAGAUGCUGGUCUCUUUACGGUCGAUGUUACCUGCGUCAUUUCAACGAGCUGGACCACGAGCUCAUGUCCCGCCUCAGUAAAGGCUACAAGGCUGCAUCCAAGUACAUGAACUGCUUCCUUUCUCCCCUGCUGACAGUCGUUGCCAAGAACGUGGCGUUUUUCGCCGGCUCCCUUCUGGCCGUUCUCAUUGCUCUGACCAUCUACGACGAGGAUGUUCUCGCAGUGGAACAUGUCCUCUCAUCUAUCACGCUGCUUGGAGUCUGCAUAACAGUUUGUAGGUCAUUUCUUCCUGAUAAGCACAUGGUGUUUUGUCCUGAACAGCUGCUGCGGGUCAUCCUGGCUCACAUCCACUACAUGCCUGACCACUGGCAGGGCAAUGCUCACAGAUACGAGACCCGAGACCAGUUCUCCCAGCUCUUCCAGUACAAAGCUGUGUUUAUUCUUGAGGAGCUCCUAAGUCCAGUGGUGACUCCCAUCAUUCUCAUCUUCUGCCUGAGGAGGAAGUCUCUGGAGAUCAUUGAUUUCUUUAGGAAUUUCACGGUGGAGGUGAUCGGGGUGGGGGACACCUGCUCGUUUGCCCAGAUGGACAUCAGGCAGCAUGGACACCCAGCGUGGAUGUCGGAGGGAAAGACCGAGGCAUCCAUCUACCAGCAGGCGGAGGAUGGGAAGACGGAGUUAUCGCUGAUGCACUUCGCCAUCACCAACCCACAUUGGCAGCCUCCUAGAGAGACGACACACUUCAUCAGCCACUUGAAAGAGCGAGUCCACAGGGAGGCUGCGGGAGCCUCCUCUGAAACACAUCCGCUCUCCUUGUCAGAGUCUGAACCAAGAAGUCUUGUUGCAAACAUCUUGGCAGGUCCCUCCACACUGGGCUCUGUUCAUUUUGCCUGCGACAGUUCUUUAACCAACAAUGCAGUUACUGGAAUGCCAGGCGAGGCGACGGCCCUGCGCUCUCUCUCGCCGAUCAGCAGCAGCCUUCACCUCAGAGGCAGUUUGAGUGCUGCUCAUAGAGCGAGUGGCUUUACUGGCAGAGCAAUGACAGGGUCUGGAACUGAUGCCCGAACUGUGAGCUCAGGCAGCAGCGCAUGGGAGGGUCAGCUCUCUAGUUUAGUCCUGUCAGAGUAUGCCUCCACCGAAAUGAGCAUUCAUGCACUUUACAUGCAUGAGCUUCAUAAGCAGCAGUCCCGUGGUGAUCUGUCCCGUCACACGUGGCACAGGCAGGAGAGCGACGAAAGCAGCGACAGCAUCCCCGAUGAAGUGAGGAGCGAGCCGAGCACUCGCUCCCAAAAUUUCCCACGCUCGCAAACCUUCCCCGCCACGCUUCCGAGUCCCGGUGCCAGUUCCGCUUCAGCCACCGGCGGCACCAACGCGGGCCAGGAUGGGGAAAAGGCACAGAGCAGCAGUCAGAGGCGCCACAGUGGGCCCGCCGCAGACCAUUUUGGUACUGCUGGAAAGGUUGUGAGGACGGCCCGUGUGCCAAUGGGUGGCUGGGCAGAGGACGGUAAAGCUUUUUCAAGGCAUCACGGGCCUGUACAAGAGGAAACUUCAGAGGAUGAGCUGCCUCCUCACAUACACAAAGUUACAUAAGCCAUAUGAAGAAAUACCAUUACAGUUAACUGAACAUUCAUCCUCAUCCUUCUGCAUACCUGUAUAUUGGCUUGAAAUCUGCAGCAGGGUUGAUCACAACCCCUUUAAACUCUUUGGAAGUAAAACCGACUGGAUGCUUUGGACUAAUAAAUACAGCUGGAUGUUGUAACAUUUUGACUUUUCUGUAGCAGGUGGCAUGAAACUGCAUUCAUCACAGGAGUGACUGCAGGAUUAAGUUAUUUUCUAUAACAAGUCAACGGCAGACUACACUAAGGCUUUUUAUGAUGUCAUAUGAUUACAAAUAAAAUUCAUUGCCGUUUAACCAGAUUAUUGCAAUGUAGGGAAAAAAAAAAUGUAAUGACUCAGGACUGUAGGAAGCAUCCGAUAUUAAUCCAGACUUGGUUCUUAAUUGCUCACUCUUUUCUUAAUCUGACAGAAUGAUUCUCUAAAUCAACAACAAAAGUACAGAAUGUGCUCAAAAUGAUUCCAGCAAAACAAGAUCUCUUUUUUUUUUUUAAAGAUAAAACUGUAACGCCUAUAAAUGUUCUUGUACUAAAUAACAGGAAGAUGUGCAUUAUUUAUACCCUGUUCUCUGUAUUUCGACUUGCAUACAGAUAACUGACAUACUUUCAACCAUAUUUUGAAUUCUCUCUACAUGUCUAUUUUUACAAUUUAAUUUUUCAAAAAAAUGUUUAGGACUUUUUCAUAAAUGUGGUUCAGUUUGAACAGAUUGAUUCUUGUUAAGAUGAUUAUUUAAACGGAGCAGCAGCCACCUGUGUGAACAUAUGCACAUUUUAGAUAAUUAUAUGGUUAGUCCAUAAUAAAAAAACUGAAACUUAUAUUUAGAAAUUUCUUAGGACUGCAGGUUUUGUUUUGACGUGACCCAAAUUUUCUUUUUUGUAUUAAGUAGCCCUAAAUGCAACUGCAUGAGAAGAGUUUAAACAAGAACACUCCCCCUGCACCAAAUCUUUACUAUUCACAGCAUGGCUGUUCUGUCUCCGUAUCACUUGGAAAAUAUGGGAAAUGGGAAACUGCACUUUAAUAAUUUCUUAGGAAAUGUAUGUUUGGAUUGUUUUAUAUGCUAUGUAUAUUUUAAGUUUUUUUUAUGUUUAAAUUGAUGUGCCAUGAUGAGUGGCUGCUUUGAAUUAAGUAUGUGCCUAACUAUGAGCACUGGUGUUUAAAACUCCUUAACUUUCACCCUCAAAAUGCAUACAAAUCAGUGGUGUCCAUGAGGACACGGUGUCAUCAUGACAGUCGAGGGGUUAAAGAGAACAAUGUAAUAAUAAGGAACAUGUAUAGAUGCAGGCUAAUUGAAGGAAUAGUAGCUGAUUUCUGUUUUAUAGAUGCUGUAUCAUAUUUUGUACAGUUGUAAAUUAAUCCAUUAAAGACAUGGCAAUCA